AUGGAAAAGGAGACUUCUAGCGAGACAGCAGAUAUGCUGUAUAUUCUGGUAACAGGAGCAAACAGUGGCCUCGGAUUCUCAAUAUGCUGCCGCCUCGCCGAUGAAUUCCUCGCCUCGCACCCAAAAUCCCAAUGCCUCACAAUAAUAUUCACAACCCGAAGUGCGCGCAAAGCAGAAGACACCCGACGCAGACUGGAAGCCCACCUCCAUUCAAAUGCGCCCUCUGCCUCCGCCGCAGCACGCGUACACUUCAGAAACGAAAGCGUCGACCUCGGCAACCUCCUCUCGGUGCGCGAACUAUCCCGCAAACUAAUCCGCACCCUCCCAAGACUCGACACUAUCAUCCUCAAUGCCGGCCUAGGCGGGUGGUCGGGAAUCGACUGGCCCGCCGCAAUCUGGGGUGUGUGCACCGACCUAGUCCACCAAGUAACAUGGCCGUCGUACAAACUCGCACCCAUCGGCGUACUCACCGACAAGCAAACAAAGAUCCCCGAUGAACCGCCCCUCGGAUCUGUAUUCUGUGCAAACGUCUUUGGUCAUUACAUGCUGGCGCACAAUGUGACACCGCUGCUGAAGCGCGCGCGCAUUCACGGGCCCGGGCGUGUUGUCUGGUGCUCUAGUAAUGAGGCUACGACGAAGAUGUUCAAUGUGGAUGAUAUCCAGGCCUUGAAGUCGUCUACCCCGUACGAGUCUUCCAAGGCUCUUACUGAUAUCCUGGCUUUGACCUCUGAUCUGGAGAGUACGGCCCCGUGGGCUGUCGAUAGCUUCUUGCAGUCUGAGACGGAGGCUGAGACGCAUGCUAUUCAUACCGAUCCGCCUACUGCAUUGCCGCGCUCUUAUCUUUCUCAUCCUGGAAUCUGUGCUACGGCUAUUAUCCCUCUUGCGCUUCCGCUUGUCUAUUGCAUGGUUAUUGCUUUCUGGCUUGCGCGUAUGCUCGGCUCGCCGUGGCAUAACCUGUCGACUUAUCUUGGUGCUUGUGCGCCUGUUUUCCUAGCUCUGCGGACGCAGGAUGAAGUUGAGGCUGCUGAGGCGCCGUAUCGCCUGUUUGAUGGUGGCCAUGUGAAAUGGGGCUCGUCUUGCACGCGGUCUGGUGUUGAUAGUAUUGCUUCUACUGAGCUUGAUGGAUGGGGGCAUGGAGGUGUUGUUGGAACUUUUGUUACUGAGGGUGAUCGGGUCCGACGUCGUAAGCGUGGCGCCGUGGACUUGACUAGGGAGCAGAAGGUUGAGUUUGAGGGACUCGGGCGCCAGUGUUGGAAGAAGAUGGAGGAACUGCGCAUUCAAUGGGAUGAGAUCCUUGAUCGGGCUGAGGCUAGCUCAUAG